AUGGCCAACAUGAGCUUCUUCUCCGCCCUGCUGGCUUUCUUCAUCACUUCCUCCAAGCUGACGCGCUGGAAACAGGAAGUCAAGAAGAAGCUAGACUCUGACUAUAAAGAAGGUAACAAGCUACAGUAGCUAGAUGCUAAAUGAAUCUCUAGAGAGUCAGGCCACGCCCCAGUCAGGCCACACCCCAGUCAGGCCACACCCCAGUCAGGCCACGCCCCAGUCAGGCCACGCCCCAGUCAGGCCACACCCCAGUCAGGCCACACCCCAGUCAGGCCACGCCCCAGUCAGGCCACACCCCAGUCAGCAACAGCCUGCUACUGGAUUGGUUGGUCUAUCUGCCUCAGUCAGUGAUAUCUGACAAACCUGCAUAAGCCAUUUGACCUUAAAGGGAUAGUUCACCUUUUUGAAGUUUUAGCUUAUUUAACAAGGGAAAAAAACAACCCCCUAGGGAGGUCAAAAGUAAGUGAAACAUUUGGAAGUGAACUAUCAUUUUAAUGUGUGUCCCCUUUGCCCUCCAGGUGGCCAGAGGAACUGGGUGCAGGUGUUCUGUAACGGUGGUGUCCCCACAGAGCUGGCCCUGCUCUAUAUGAUCGAGGUCAAUCAAUGAAUUUAAUUAAUUAUACAUUUAAAUACAUAUACAGCUGCCUCAGCCAACAGUACAUCAUCACACAUCUGAGGUUAUUUCCAUUGUGUGGUCCUGGUUAAUAUCAGGUGGGUCCUGGGGAGAUGCCGGUGGACUUUGGGAAGCAGUACUCGGCCUCCUGGAUGUGCCUGUCUCUGCUGGGGGCCUUGGCCUGCUCUACGGGGGACACCUGGGCAUCAGAGGUGGGGCCCGUCCUCAGCCAGACCAAACCCAGGCUCAUCACCUCCUGGAGAGAGGUUCCUACAGGUACACACACACACCUGGGCAUCAGAGGUGGGGCCCGUCCUCAGUCAGACCAAGCCCAGGCUCAUUAACUCCGUAAAGGGCCAUAUAUACAGUACCAGUCAAACGUUUGGCUACACCUACUCAUUCAAGGGUUUUUCUUUAUUUUUACUAUUUUCUACAUUGUAGAAUAAUAGUGAAGACAUCAAAACUAUGAAAUAAUACAUAUGGAAUCAUGUAGUAACCAAAAAAUGUUAAACAAAUCAAAAUACAUUUUAUAUUUGAGAUUCUUCAAAGUAGCCACCCUUUGCCUUGAUGACAGCUUUGCACACUCUUGGUAUUCUCUCAACCAGCUUCAUGAGGUAGUCACCUUGAAUGCAUUUAAAUUAACAGGUGUGCCUUCUUAAAAGUUAAUUUGUGGAAUUUAUUUCCUUCUUAAUGCGUUUCAACCAAUCAGUUGUGUUGUGACAAGGUGGGGGGGGGGGGGCUGAUCACCGACAACGAUGAGACAGCCUAUAGGGAGGACGUCAGAGACCUGGCCGUGUGGUGCCAGGAUAACAACCUCUCCCUCAACGUGAUCAAGACAAAGGAGAUGAUUGUGGACUACAGGGAAAAAAAAGAGGACUGAGCACACCCCCAUUCUCAUCGACGGUGCUGUAGUGGAACAGGUUGUGAGCUUCAAGUUCCUUGGUGUCCACAUCACCAACAAACUAUCAUGGUCCAAACACACCAAGACAGUUGUGAAGAGGGCACGACAAAGCCUAUUCCCCCUAAGGAGACUGAAAAGAUUUGGCAUGGGUCCUCUGAUCCUCAAAAUGUUAUACAGCUGCACCAUCGAGAGCAUCCUGACUGGUUGCAUCACUGCCUGGUAUGGCAACUGUUCGGCCUCCGACCACAAGGCACUACAGAGGGUAGUGCGUACGGCCCAGUACAUCACUGGGGCCAAGCUUCCUGCCAUCCAGGACCUCUAUACCAGGCGGUGUCAGAGGAAGGCCCUCAAAAUUGUCAAAGACUCCAGCCACCCUAGUCAUAGACUGUUCUCUCUGCUACCGCACGCCAAGCAGUACCGGAGUGCCAAGUCUAGGUCCAAAAGACUUCUCAACAGCUUCUACCCCUAAGCCAUAAGACUCCUGAACAGCUAAUCAUGGCUACCCGGACUAUUUGCACUGCCCCCCCCACCCCAUCCUUUUUACGCUGCUGCUACUUUGUUAAUUAUUUAUGCAUAGUCACUUUAACUCUACCCACAUGUACAUAUUACUUUAACUACCUCAACUAGCCGGUGCCCCCGCACAUUGACUGCACCGGUACCCCCCUGUAUAUAUAGCCUCCCUACUGUUAUUUUAUUUUACUUCUGCUCUUUUUUUCUCAACACUUUUUUGUUGUUGUUUUAUUUUACUUUUUUAAUUAAAAAUAAAUGCACUGUUUGUUAAGGGCUGUAAGUAAGCAUUUCACUGUAAUGUCUGCACCUGUUGUAUUCGGCGCAUGUGGCCAAUAAAAUUUGAUUUGAUUUUGAUCAAAACUAUGAAAUAACACAUGGAAUCAUGUACAAUGUAGAAAAAAAAAUAAAGAAAAACACUUGAAUUAGUAGACGUGUCCAAACUUUUGACUGGUACUGUGUGUGUAUAUAUAUAUAUAUAUAUAUAUAUAUAUAUAUAUAUAUAUAUAUAUAUAUAUAUAUAUAUAUAAAACCAGUAUUGACUAAAUGAAUGUUUAUAAUGGUGCUAUUAUACCAUGUAAUAAUGCUAUGACAUGGUCAAAGGUCAAGUCUCAUGCUGUCAUGAGGCUUGUUAACAGGAAGUUAAAGGAUAUAUCCAUAUUCAGGCUAUUCCUGGCAGGGUUUGUCUCUCUAUGGGGGGGGGGGGGGGGGGGGUCAUGAGACCUUUGGACCAUGUCUUUCAGCCCCACACUAUGGCUAAGUCCAAAUGGCACAAAUGCCCUGGUCAAAAGUAGUGCACUAUAUAGGGAAUAGGGUGCCAUUUGGUGGAGUGUAUGUAAAAAGAGGGUACUUAAUUUUGAUAGUUGUUACUAUUAUUGUCUCUAGACUGGUCAUUUCCCAACCUGGUCUAAGAGUUAUUACAUGUUGGGCUGUUAUUUCCCAACCUGGUCUACUAGUUAUUACAUAUUGGGCUGUUAUUUCCCAACCUGGUCUAAGAGUUAUUACAUAUUGGGCUGUUAUUUCCCAACCUGGUCUAAGAGUUAUUACAUAUUGGGCUGUUAUUUCCCAACCUGGUCUAAGAGUUAUUACAUAUUGGGCUGUUAUUUCCCAACCUGGUCUAAGAGUUAUUACAUAUUGGGCUGUUAUUUCCCAACCUGGUCUAAGAGUGAUUACAUAUUGGGCUGUUAUUUGCCAACCUGGUCUAAGAGUUAUUACAUAUUGGGCUGUUAUUUGCCAACCUGGUCUAAGAGUUAUUACAUAUUGGGCUGUUAUUUCCCAUCCUGGUCUAAGAGUUGUGUUAAGUUGGGCUGGUGUGGGCUGUGCCUCCAGGCCCGGCUAGCUCAGUCGGUAGAGCAUGAGACUCUUAAUCUCAGGGUCGUGGGUUCGAGCCCCACGUUGGGCGCACAUCUUUUGAUUUGAAAGCCUCUCUCCUUCUGAUAAAUGUGUCAGCAUUUUAUAAUAUAAUAUAAUAAAUAAUUAGACACUAGAGGGUUGGUUGGAAAGAAAGUCAAUCUGUUUACUGACUGUUCAGUCAACAACUUUUCUUUUCACAUUGAUGAGUAACAGGAUAAAAGACUGUGGGUGAUAUGUGAAAUCUAAAAGGGGACAGGGUUGGAGUCAGUUAAUUGAAAUGUAAUGUAAAUAAUGUCUAUCUAUUGACAGUGCGACUCCAAGUAUUCUCAGUGUUGAGUAAGAAGAUCAUUCCAGUAAAUGACUGUAGCAGGUGAUGUUAAAACCAGGAGGGGGCAGGGUUCGCGCCUCAUGGUUUGUAAAGGGGGAGUUUCCUAAUAUGAUGCAAGCCCGGCUAGCUCAGUCGGUAGAGCAUGAGACUCUUAAUCUCAGGGUCGUGGGUUCGAGCCCCACGUUGGGCGCUAACCUUUUGAUUUGCAUACCAGGUAGUUUCCUGGACACAGAUUAAGCAUAGUCCCAGACUAAAAAGCACUUCCUAUGAAGAGUCUCAAUUGAGCAUGUUUUUGGACUAGGACUUCAUCUGUGUCCGGGAAACCAGCCUUAGAGGUAUAGUUGUUAGUACAGGUGCACCAUAAAUGACCAGUAUCUGUUGGACUGUUUAGUUCAAACAACAACUUCUGACAGUGAUGAGUACUAGGGUGGUGAUAUAGAGGAGUGGUGAAAUCCAAGAGGCAGGGUUGGUUCACACCCUGUGAGGUCUGUCAGUGGACAGGGUUGGUUCACACCCUGUGAGGUCUGUCAGAGGACAGGGUUGGUUCACACCCUGUGAGGUCUGUCAGAGGACAGGGUUGGUUCACACCCUGUGAGGUCUGUCAGUGGACAGGGUUGGUUCACACCCUGUGAGGUCUGUCAGUGGACAGGGUUGGUUCACACCCUGUGAGGUCUGUCAGAGGACAGGGUUGGUUCACACCCUGUGAGGUCUGUCAGUGGACAGGGUUGGUUCACACCCUGUGAGGUCUGUCAGAGGACAGGGUUGGUUCACACCCUGUGAGGUCUGUCAGUGGACACGGUUGGUUCACACCCUGUGAGGUCUGUCAGUGGACAGGGUUGGUUCACACCCUGUGAGGUCUGUCAGUGGACACGGUUGGUUCACACCCUGUGAGGUCUGUCAGUGGACAGGGUUGGUUCACACCCUGUGAGGUCUGUCAGUGGACACAGUUGGUUCACACCCUGUGAGGUCUGUCAGUGGACACAGUUGGUUCACACCCUGUGAGGUCUGUCAGUGGACAGGGUUGGUUCACACCCUGUGAGGUCUGUCAGAGGACAGGGUUGGUUCACACCCUGUGAGGUCUGUCAGAGGACAGGGUUGGUUCACACCCUGUGAGGUCUGUCAGAGGACAGGGUUGGUUCACACCCUGUGAGGUCUGUCAGUGGACAGGGUUGGUUCACACUGAGGCCUGUAUGUGGGUGGUGAUAUGUGGUGAUGCUAGCUCAGUCGGUAGAGCAUGAGACUCUUAAUCUCAGGGUCGUGGGUUCGAGCCCCACGUUGGGCGCACAUCUUUUGAUUUGAAAGCCUUUCUCCUUCUGAUAAAUGUGUCUGCAUUUUAGACACUAGAGGGUUGGUUGGAAAAGAAAGUAAAUCUGUUUACUGACUGUUCAGUCAACAACUUUUCUUUUCACAUUGAUGAGUAACAGGAUAAAAGACUGUGGGUGAUAUGUGAAAUCUAAAAGGGGACAGGGUUGGAGUCAGUUAAUUGAAAUGUAAUGUAAAUAAUGUCUAUCUAUUGACAGUGCGGCUCCACUUACAACUAUUCUCAGUGUUGAGUAAGAAGAUCAUUCCAGUAAAUGACUGUGGCAGGUGAUGUUAAAACCAGGAGGGGGCAGGGUUCCUGACUCAUCCUGACAGUUCCUAUGCGCGGGGGAAUUCCAGUUGCCCUCAGGCCCGGCUUGCUCAGUCGGUAGAGCAUGAGACUCUUAAUCUCAGGGUCGUGGGUUCGAGCCCCACGUUGGGCGGGGAGUGUUUUGUGUUCAGUGCUAGUUUCAAUGUAGGUAAGGGAUAGUAACCACAUAGUAUACUGUAAAUAGUCUAGUCUUCCUGCUUCCUGUUCCUAUUCUGGGAGCUUGUUUUUAGAUAAAUGUUUCUACCACACCUGUGCCUACUAGUGGAUCCAAUUCACCGUCCAGGGGGGGGCAGGGUUCGCGCCUCAUGGUUUGUAAAGGGGGAGUUUCCUAAUAUGAUUCAAGCCCGGCUAGCUCAGUCGGUAGAGCAUGAGACUCUUAAUCUCAGGGUCGUGGGUUCGAGCCCCACGUUGGGCGCAAACAUUUUGAUUUGCAUACCGGGUAGUUUCCUGGACACAGAUUAAGCAUAGUCCUAGAAUAAAUAGCACUUCCUAUGAAGAGUCUCAAUUGAGCAUGUUUUUGGACUAGGACUUCAUCUGUGUCCGGGAAACCAGCCUUAGAGGUAUAGUUGUUAGUACAGGUGCAACAUAAAUGACCAGUAUCUGUUGGACUGUUUAGUUCAAACAACAACUUCUGACAGUGAUGAGUACUAGGGUGGUGAUAUAGAGGAGUGGUGAAAUCCAAGAGGCAGGGUUGGUUCACACCCUGUGAGGUCUGUCAGUGGACAGGGUUGGUUCACACCCUGUGAGGUCUGUCAGUGGACAGGGUUGGUUCACACCCCGUGAGGUCUGUCAGUGGACAGGGUUGGUUCACACCCCGUGAGGUCUGUCAGUGGACAGGGUUGGUUCACACCCUGUGAGGUCUGUCAGAGGACAGGGUUGGUUCACACCCUGUGAGGUCUGUCAGUGGACAGGGUUGGUUCACACUGAGGCCUGUAUGUGGGUGGUGAUAUGUGGUGAUGCAAGCCCGGCUAGCUCAGUCGGUAGAGCAUGAGACUCUUAAUCUCAGGGUCGUGGGUUCGAGCCCCACGUUGGGCGGGGAGUGUUUUGUGUUCAGUGCUAGUUUCAAUGUAGGUAAGGGAUAGUAACCACAGAGUAUACUGUAAAUAGUCUAGUCUUCCUGCAUCCUGUUCCUAUUCUGGGAGCUUGUUUUUAGAUAAAUGUUUCUACCACACCUGUGCCUACUAGUGGAUCCAAUUCACUGUCAGUUCUAACAAUGCGCCCCAUGAGAGCUAGCCUCUCCAUUGGUGUUAAUGGUUCCUCUGUUCUUUUCACAGGGACCAAUGGAGGAGUGACCCCAGUGGGUCUACUGGCUAGCUUCCUGGGGGGCCUGGCAGUGGGCGUGGCUUACUAUAUCUCUCAAAUCCUAUUGGUCCGUGACCUGCACCUGGCUGAUCCCCAGUGGCCAAUCGUAGUCUAUGGAGCCAUGGCUGGCCUAGUGGGGUCCAUGCUGGACUCUGUCCUGGGAGCACACUGGCAGUACUCAGGUGGGUCUGACAACCAUUAGUUAUUAACAUGUUAUUAUCAGGGAUUAGUUCGUUAUUAUCAGGGAUUAGUUAUUAACAUGUUAUUAUCAGGGAUUAGUUAUUAACAUGUUAUUAUCAGGGAUUAGUUAUUAACAUGUUAUUAUCAGGGAAAAGUUAUUAACAUGUUAUUAUCAGGGAUUAGUUCGUUAUUAUCAGGGAUUAGUUAUUAACAUGUUAUUAUCAGGGAUUAGUUCAUGUUAUUAUCAGGGAAAAGGACACAUAACUAACUAGAGAUAUAGAUUAAUAUGUUAUUCAUUUAUUUGGAUUUUUCACAUUGAAUGGACCCCUUUAAAAUUUGUUUUUACAUAUGUUUAAUACAUUCCAAAUGGAUAUCAGCAGGUGCUUGAAGUGUCUUUAAUUUCAAACAUCGCAGGCAUUAAAAAUGUCUGCUCCACUCUUACUCCUAGAUGAUGUCUGUUCUCCCCCAGGUUAUGAUGCCAGCGUUGGAAAGGUUGUGAACUAUGAGUCUGUGACAACGAAGCGGAUAUGUGGGAAGCCUAUCCUGGACAACAAUGGCGUUAACCUCUUCUCUUCCAUCAUAGUAGCUUUGGUUCUUCCCGGUGUUGCCUGGGGCUUCUGGCCUCACUAG